UCCUAAGGAAUUUGAGGUGUGAAUGGUCAUUAACGUAUCUUUUGUUUCCAAGGGUGUGAGAGGUCUGAGGUGUGAAUUGGUCAUUACAAUGUGUGACAAGCUUGGUAGGAACAUCCUGUGUUCAGUGUUUAGUCCAUUUGAGUACCUUGAAAAAGCUUUGCAUGCAUUUUUCAUGAUGAAAAAAGGCUCUGGACAGCAUCGUGAACUGGAAAAGUAAAAAAAAAUUUCAAACGCAAAUGCUUAUAAAAGGAUUUUGCAUUUGAAACGCUGAUAAAAUUGACUGCUGAACACAAGUUUUCUGCAU